AAAAGCAUCCUUAUGGGACUAAAAAGCCUCCCAUUGAAAUUAUAUUAGCAGCAGCUUAGUGUUAACAAUAUGCUCAGUCAUCCUGUAAAUUUUAGUAUGUCCUUUUCUACCUCUUUACAAAGUCAGCAGCGUUACAAGUUUGUUUACUCUGAAUUUUUUAAUAAAGAAAAUACUUCAACUUUAAUAAAUACUAUAGCUUCUGUUUUACAAGAAAUUACUUAUUCCUUGCCCAAGGAGGAAAAUAAAGUGGCGAGUCCUUUCAAUUUCUUAAAGGAGCCGAGUAUUUCGAUUCUCGAUUAUUUUACCAGAAUAGCUUCGUAUGUUCACUGCACCAGACAUUGCUUUGUCCUAGCAUUAAUAUACAUUGACAGAUUUAUGACCCACGGAUCACUCACAUUAAGUCCUUGUAAUGCUCACAGACUGUUACUUACGAGUCUUUUGGUCGCAAUAAAAUAUUUCGAUGAUAAUUCUUGCAGUAAUGCGUACAUGGCCAAAGUGGGUGGUAUCCCAAGAAAAGAGCUUUUAAAUCUAGAGUUAUGCUUUUUAUUUACUAUAAAAUUUCGCUUGAAUGUCGAAAAAGAUCUUUUUGAGGAUUAUUGCUUAAUUAUAUUAAAAAAGUAUGACAGGGAUAAGCUGUAUACUUCUAGGUCGGAGCUUAUAAGGCCUUACUACGCUAUGGCUUGCCCACCAAAAGUAAAGAGACAUUUUCUUACUAGGAGUCAUAGCGACACCGAUCUCAGCGCUGAAGGCAGAGCAAAAAACCCAUAA